AUGUACGUCAACUGGAGAAACCCUUCAAAACACAUAAAAAUUAAAUCAUGAACUCAAAAUUUUAAGAAGAUCUGGUCAGCCGAAUUGGGAGGAAAUGUACAUGCACUGUCGUCGAAUAUUACAAGAAUUCAGUGAGUACUCACAACUGCAAGGAGUGACCAGCAGAAGAGCUAGCUCCGACAGUAUCAGUUAUCCGGUUCCAGAGAGAUCCAAGUCUAAAAAAAAGACAAAAAGGCCGAAUUUGAGACCGAAGAUUAUGCCACGUAGUCGCGUGCCACCUCACCUGUGCCCAGCACCAACUCGCCCCCCUCAGCCGUCAUGCUGUCCUUUCAAGGUCCCUCCCCCCAGCGAUGGCAAGUGUCCGGGACCCUGCUCUAGGAGUAAGAUAGGACGCAACGAGGACGAAAUGUCAUAACGAUUACAUUACAACACAAUGUUACGCCAAUUAAAAAUUAUGAACUACACUACACCAUAUUCUUACAAAAUAUACCACAUAUAACAACCCUAAUCUAACAAUUUUUUCUCUUGUUACAUUAGAAAAUAAAAUAACAAAGAUGUUAAAUUAUGCAUAAAGAAAAAGAUAAAUAUAUAAGAAAGAUAUUAGGGACUAUUAAAGUUACAGAAAACUUAAAUAGUACCAUCAUAGAUAUUAAAGUUGAUUCAUAAAAUAUAAAUAAAUCAUGUUAAUUAACAAACUAAGAAAUAAAUAAUGUACAUUCUUCUUUUCCUUGAUUUCUGAUAGCAUAUUUUCAUAAAAUUUAAAGGUUUCC